CGCUGUGCGGCGGGGAGGUGAGACCCCCGGCAGGGGGGGCAUCGACUUCCCUCCUCUCUCAGACCCUGGGGUCCCCCGCUUAUAUAAAAGGGGGCCGCCUCCCCAUUCGGAAGCCCCCGACCAGCAGUAGUAGCAGCAGCAGCAGCAGCAGCAGCUCAGAGCAGCGUCACAGAAGCUCGUAAUAGCGUUGGUCGCGGCGGUAGUACUGUGGUACUGUGUAGCUAGAGGCAGCACACGCCUCGUCAUGUCCGUCCUGUUUUUUUCGCCGUGGCUCGAAGUCACGCUGCCCACAUGGCUCGCCGUGUUCGUCGCCGUGCUGUUGGUCAGCCGCCGGUUCCUAACCGGGGUCGCGAGCCAGUUACCGCUGCCCCCGGGACCGUGGGGAUUGCCCCUGGUGGGCUUUCUCCCGUUCCUCGGCAAGGAGUUCCACCGCACCUUGCAGUCGUUGGCAGUCACCUACGGCCCCAUAUACCAGAUAUUCCUGGGCUCCAAGCGGGUCGUGGUCAUCAGCGACCCCAAGCUGGUGCGUCAAGCCUUCAGCCAGGCCGCCUUCUCCGGACGGCCCGACACGGAACUCACCAAGCUCCUUCAGGGAUACGGCAUCAUCAACUCUGCAGGCGCCCUAUGGCGUGAACAGCGUGCUUUCCUGCAUCGCGUGUUCAGGGACUUCGUGCCUCGACACGGCAGGCCCGGCAGCGUGGCACUCGAGCAGAAAAUGCAGGUGCACAUCGGCGAGUUCCUGUCGUCGCUGGGGCCGUUCGAAGGCAGCUCGCUGCACGUGCGCCGGUCGCUCGCGCGCGCCGUCAGCAACAUCCUCGGCUCGUUCCUCAUGAGCGUCACAUACUCGUCGCGCGACUCCAAGUUCGAACAGCUGCUCGCGCUCUUCGAGGAAGGAUUCAGGCUGCUCACGCUCGCCGUGCCCGUGAACUUCAUACCGGCGCUGCGCUACGUGCCGGGCUCCAACUGGGCCUACCGGCGCAUUAAGCGCAACCGGCACCAGACGGCCGACUACUUCCGGCGCAUCGCAGACGCGCACCGGUCGUCGUACGUCGAGGGCACCGUGCGCGACAUCGUCGACGCGUACCUCGUCCAGCUGCGGAGGGACAAGGCCAGAGGCAUCCAGCGGGAGGACACGUACUUUUCCGAGGAGCAGUUGGUGCAAGUGCUGAUGGACAUCUUCAGCGCCGGCCUGGAGACCGUCACCUCGACCCUAGAGUGGGCCAUCCUGUUGCUGGUGCGUCACCCGCAUGUCCAGCGACGCCUCCAGGAGGAGCUGGACGCCCACCUGGCAUCCGAAGGCGAAAGGCCCGCCAGCAUGGCCGACCUGCCCGCCCUCCCUUAUGCACAGGCCACCAUCCUCGAAGUGCUGCGACGCGCAAACGUCAUAGCGCUCGGAAACGCCCACGCCACAACCUGCGACGUGGAGCUGGCGGGCUACCGUAUACCGGCGGACACUCACGUCGUCUCCAACCUUUGGGCCAUACACAUGGACCCCGACCUGUGGGAGGAACCGGAAGAAUUCCGGCCAGAGCGCUUCUUGGUGGACGGGCAAGUCCAAAAGCCGGAUUACUUCAUGCCCUUCUCUGUCGGUCGACGCAUGUGCCUGGGCAACCACCUGACGCAGACCGAGGUGUUCCUCUUCCUCAGCAACCUGUUGCUUCGCUACACGCUCGAGCUGCCCGAAGGCGAGCAGCCGCCCUCCAUGGACGGCCACGUCGCAGUGUCUCACACGCCCCGACCUUUCCGGGUCAAGAUCGUGCCCAGGAACAAUGCCGCCGAGACCACAACAGUCUUUGCCAACGUCAAACAAUUCUGCAGCGACCUUGGUUGAGUGGAGCAUUUCCCAAUCUCGCCAUUGCCCACCUACUAUGUUCCUCCCCACUAGUUGUCCGUUCCUAUUCCUAGGGAGCACUGAACAUAAUCCCGGUGAAAAACGAAGAGAGCAUCCCCGGCAGCUCGCGACCCCGCAAGAAUCCGUGAGCUGCAGCAUGCGUGCUUCGCUAGGACUAAACGUCGCUGCCUACAACGGCCCGUCACAGAGAGCAGCUCCUCCCAGCUGUAAAUGUCGCCGUGUAGACGAGCGUUGUCACAUUUAUUGCCGAUGCACAACCGGUGAUGAAGAAAGAGGCUGCGGGGACUGAAGGCAACCAGAAUGAUAGCUAGGCCUCAACUACUAUAGUCUGCAGUGAAGAGCUACCUCGUAUUCAUCAAAGCGUGGCCUGUCAGCCACGCAGGUGGCUACGCAGCCAUCGGAGUACUAUGUCUACAGUCCUUAGAAUGGGUGGCACAAGACACCAUAAUUUCUGUGCUCUACACGCCGAUUGAGCUUGCGCGGGUAUGCCGUAUGGCCAUAUUAUCUCAGGAUGGAGACACGACAUAAUCCUUGUUCAUAAAAGCAGCAGUUUCCAUGUAGCAUAGUAUGUAGCAGCAGCCGUCCGCAUGGUGUCAGGCUUGAGAAUGCAGAGGGCAUACUAAGCAGACCGUUUAGGUCACGUCAUGACCAUGAUUGAUUGCGCUGCAGCAUAUUUUAAAAUUUGACAAAGUCAAAUAGCUCCGCCACUAAGAGAAGAAAAAGAACAGAAGCGGCUUCUAGUCUUCUGAUACAGGUGUCUGAAAUGCAACAAAAGGCACGAUCUGCAGUGAAAAGCACACCUUUCUCACUGCUAAGUACAAGCUGCUUUCAAUGAAGAUAGCGAGACACUUAUAAACAUCAGCUCUUUUUAAACGCACUGUAAACGUCCUGAGCGAACAGCCUACUUUCAUGUCAAUUGCAAUUUCAAAUGUGCGUAACUAGCCAAGCAAGAAGGUCAUUCAAUACUGGUGCAUUCAAGUGAUACAUUCAUGUCUAUUGGAAAAUUACAAGUGCUACGACAUAUAAUACACCAGAAUCAAUUUUCUUUUUUUGCAUUCAAGGUAAUGUGUACAUAAAAAAAAAAAAACAGGGUAUUCAGUUGCAUAGACUAAUCUCUUACACUUGCAGAUAGAAGUUUGCAAGCUUAGUGCACAAAAAGUCAGAAAUGAACCACCUCAAGCAUGAAUCCUUUUUACGACCAGUCACAUGUACUCUCAUUUAUUCACUUGUUGCAUUUCACAAGCAAGCCAUCUCCACCCAUUUGAGAGCUUUGUGUUUUAGCCAUAGACGCACAACCAUGAGCUAGUCAGUUGCAAGCAAUAGCAUUCUGCCACCAGAAUACCCUGGAGUGAUUUAGCAUAGCGCAGACACAUAGUACUACAAUACUGGGAAACAUAGGCGUGAGCAGCAAAAUAACAUUUCUAGCAGGCUAGCGGUGAACACAUCUCAAGAUGUCGCCGCCUACACCAAUUGUUCUCAGAUACAUCUCCCGGUAUACCAGUGCAUGUCUCCACUACCCUAUAUUCAUUAGUAAAAACCAUUAUCUUGUAAGCAGUCUCAGUGGUUGUUUAACAGUGUAGCCUUUAUUAGUCACUGAAUGCUGCAGCUGCUCAACUUAAGAGGAAGGUUUAGCUCCAGCCCAACUUCGAUGCCACCUAUUCAAGUACAUGUAAAAUGCAGAAACGCUUUUCUGAGAUAACAACUGGGCCGAUGUUAAUAAAAUCUGUUGCAUUUGAGAGAGAAAGCUAAAUUCUAGUGACUGUUGGAAGUGAAAUUUUGAUUUAGGGCCUGAACUUUCAGAGACUGCUAGGUCUGAAAAAAAAAUAGAAGCAUGAAGUUUACAAAUUCAUAGCUCUGUAUCUAGAAAACAUAUCACAGUUCUGUAAAGUGUAUACAUUAGAGCAUCCAAAGCGCACAAAUUUAGUAUGUCAACAUAUAUUUUACAUGAGCCUGCUACAUCGUUUACAAGGGUUUUGCUAAAGUUCUACUCACAACUUGGUGGUCUUUUUGAAUGUCAUGUAUAUCAAUUUUGUCCGCUUUGAAUAUACUGUCAGGCGCCAUUAACAGAAUUGUGGUAUCAUUUUCCCUUGCAGAGUUAGAGUUGUAAACUUUAUAGUUUCGUUCUCUGAAUAUUAGCGUUUCUACCAAUCUUUAUUAAAAGCUUAAUGACCUAAGUCAAAAAUGUGCAACCAACAGUCAGUAGAUUUUAACUUUUCUUUUAAAUGUAACAAACGUCACCAAAUUCAGUGCAGUAGUCGCUGAGAAAAACAACUUCUUUCCCAUGUAUUUAGAUAGAAGGCCUGGAGCUAAAGCUUCCCCUUAAAGCUUAUCCCAGUUUACUAAACACUGCACAUGUUAAGAGUGCAUGUGCAUCUGCCCUGCCACUGCCAUGACAUCUGUAGUCCUUCCCGCUUAUCCACUGUACAUUAGUUCAACACAACCUUGAGCAGAAAGAUAAUGCACGCUCUACUGAGUAUUUUGCCAGCAAAUGUUUUCUUCUAGUUGUACCACUGGCAGAAUCAAAGGGCAUGUCAAGAUCCACAUUAAGAGAGGAAAUACGUAAUAUGAAACUUAAAAAAGGGUUUAGGAGCUUCAAAUUCCAGUUGCCUUUCCUUCCACCAAGGACUACUACCACCAGCAUUGUUUGUGGCAAUGGUGCAGCAAAACGAAUCACAAAAUUAGCCUAUCGUAGUUUGAGUGGUCCAGAUUACAAAAUGCUUACACCGUGUAGUUAGUGGCAGUGCUUUCCAAAUGAACCUUGACAAUUUUAACGGAGACAGCAUUUAACAAUAACUAAAAAUCCUUGCAAAGCACAUAAAACAUUUCAUUUGAAGCUCAUCUCCUUGUGUAAACAUACCAUCGGCCCCAGGUUUUGUCAGAGGCAUUGAGCGAACGGAGGUGCGUAUAAGCUACAAAUGCAGAACUUUUCAGCAGCUGUGACAAAGGAGGAGAAUUAAAGUACUGUAUCCAUGGCAAACCAAAACUAAAGUAACAUCUGCAUUGUUCAAAGGAUGGGUAGGCAAUGCUACUUUGUUAGUGUAGUGACUCAGGCAAACGCUACUGAAAAAUGAACCUAUAAAGCGCAUGUUUAUUUGGGUAUCCCAAUUUCUUCACAGAUACUGCCAUGUUUGGAAGAUCUUUCUAUACUGCAUUCACAAACAAUUCUCUCCUAUGUAGAUGCACUUUGACCUACAAAGCUUGUGUUACACAAACUCAGAUCUCUCUCAACACACCAAGUCCUUGAGGAUCUCUCAUGUACCACACACGCAAACUGAACGAUCUCGUGUACAUAGCCGUUUACACAUGUUAAGAGACUGUUACACUUUUCAUUCACAUAUUUCCAUUGUCAUUUUCACAUGUGUGUACAUAGUGUAAUGCUUUUCAGUGUAUAUAGACAGCAUUUUCACCUUGUUCUCCCCACCCCCUACCUUUUAUUUUUUGCAUCUGCAAAGUACAAGAAAAAGAAAUCAUUUCAACAAAUCCA